CGGCGGGCGGCCGCAGCCAGGUGCGCCCGGUCGGGGCCGCCGCUCCGCCAGCCCGUUCCGCUGCUCGGCACGGCACCAUGACGGUCACACGGCUCGACCAGGGGCAGCGCCACCGGCCGCGGAUGGCCUUCCUGAAAAAGAUUGAAGCACUUAUGAUGGAGAUGCAGAAUCCAGAUACAGGCAUCAAGACACAGAUGCAGAGGGUGAUGAUCACAAACAUCCCACACGCUGUGGCAGGUAAUGAUAUAUUGCAGUGGAUUCUCCAGCGCUUGCAGAUCACUGAAGAAGAGGCACUCCACCUGGGGGACCUGUUUGUCAAAUAUGGAUACAUCUACCCUCUUCAGGAGCCAAAGAAUCUCACCCUUAAGACAGAUGGCAGCCUGUACAGGUUUCAAACCCCCUACUUCUGGCCUGCGCAGAGCUGGCCUGCUGAUGACACGGACUAUGCAAUUUACCUAGCAAAGAAGAAUAUUAAGAGGAAAGGGAUUUUAGAAGAAUACGAAAAGGAACAUUACAACAUGCUCAAUCAAAAAAUAAACUACAAGUGGGACUUUGUUAUUAUGCAGGCCAAAGAGCAGUAUAAGGCAGGGAAGGAGCGGAAGAAAGCGGAUAGGUACGCACUGGACUGCCAGGAGAGAGCCUACUGGCUUGUGAACCGAACUCCUCCCGGCAUGCUGGACGUCCUAGAGUAUGGAUUAGAUCGCGUAACGGAUCCCAAUGAAAAUAAGAAAAAGACUAUGGAUGUUUAUAGGAGAGAGAUCAUGUACUAUCAGCAGGCCAUCAUGAAAUCCAGAGUAAAAUCUUCUGUCUCUCUUGGAGGGCUUGUGAAGUACUCUGAGCAGUUCCUCUCCAAUGACCCUAUCCUGUCUGGAUGUCUCCCCAGCAACCCCUGGAUAACAGAUGACCCAGAGUUCUGGGAUCUCAAUGCAAAACUGGUGGAAAUCCCCACCAGAAUGCGAGUGGAGCGAUGGGCCUUCAAUUUCAGUGAGCUGAUACGAGACCCGAAAGGUCGGCAGAACUUCCAGCUCUUCCUGAAGAAGGAGUUCAGCGGAGAGAAUCUGAGUUUCUGGGAAGCCUGUGAGGACCUCAAGUAUGGAGACCAAUCCAAGGUCAAAGAAAAAGCAGAAGAAAUUUACAAGCUGUUCCUGGCUCCAGGGGCAAGGCGCUGGAUUAACAUUGAUGGCACAACAAUGGGCAUCACAGUUAAAGGCCUCAAGCACCCUCAUCGUUAUGUUUUAGAUGCUGCUCAGACCCACAUUUACAUGCUGAUGAAAAAGGACUCCUAUGGCCGCUAUUUAAAGUCUCCAAUAUACAAGGAAAUGCUGGCCAAGGCUGUUGUGCCACAAGAGGCUGUCAAAAAAAGCUCCACUUUCUCAUUCGGACGCCGUCACCUCCGUUCCAGCCCCAGCCCCGUCAUCCUGAGGCAGCAGGAGGAAGAGGCCAAAGCCAAAGAAGCCGCCACGGCUGUGGACAUCACGCAGCCGUGCCACCUCGCCUCCCCGGCCCCUUGCCUGGCUGUCUACGCUGGCAGUGGCACCCUGCCAUCGCCCCUCAGCAGCCUGCUGCCUGCCUCCCCCGGCCCCCCGGCCCUGCCCCACAGCACCGCCUGCCCCUCGCCCAUCAGCGUGGCCCUAGACAGCACCACAGGCACCGAGCGGGAGCGGGAGCCCGAGGAAGCCAGCCCUGGCCCCUUCCCCUCCAGCGGCAGGAAGCCUCGUGCGGCCGCCCUGUCCUUCGGCCGGUUCCUCAAGAGGGGCUGCUGGACCUCGCCCGUCUUUGCCACGCUCUCGCCCAAGUGCCCGGCCAUGCCCCACGGGAAGGUGCAGCCGCUGGGCGGGCGGGAGCAGCGGCUCCGGCUGGACACCAAGGCGGUGAGCAGCUUCUUCCAAAUAAAAAUGGAUGCUCCUUUGGAGAGCCGAAUCUACCCCAUAGACUCUGAAGAGGGAGAGGACAACCACCACCGAGCUUGUAAGGACUCUGCGAAGGAGGUGAUCUGCCCUUGGGAGAGCCCCACAGAAGAAGGGAGAGCUGGGUAACAAGCAGCCCAGACAUGGACUCUCCAGUCCUGAGACCCAAGGUUUGCCACAUAUGGUUCAGUAUAUGGGCCAUGCUGUUGAAUAAGUGCAUUAGAGCCAUCCUUCAGUAUCAAGGAAGCUCAGACUACCACAGCUAUGAAUAACGAACCCUAGUGUACCCAUCUGUUCGUAAUUCAAGAAUCUGAAGCAUUUCUGGACUGGUUUUCUUUCCUAUCUUUGGUAUAUUCAGAUCUAUUAAUUACAAAACUUCUUGAUAAAUGAACCUCAUUUCUUGCCUUAUAGCAUAUGGAGAAUUUAUGUGUAUAUAUAUCCUGGGAAAUGGUGUCUUAUCUGAAUUACUUGCUUGGCCAUGAGGUGUCAGCACACUGUACACAACACAGCUGGAGCAGAGCUUGCAGACAUUUUUCAGAGUAGGACUCAGACUUCAAUGCCAAGACUGAGGCAUGUUUGUGUCCCCAGCUUGGGUCCACCUCUUAUUAUUAAUAACAGGUUUUUUUAAUUUUAAAGCAAGUUUAUUAAAAGACAGAUGAUUGCUGGGGAAAAUAAAGUAAACCCCUCGUGAGAAGCUGUGUACUGUAUGGCACAGCAUCAUUCCUUAACCCAGACCAAAACUGAUCCCAAAGAGCAAGCAGUGUGGGAGGAGAGCAAAGGCUCCAGGGCGCAGCUGCAUUAGCUCCAGCUUCCCUUUUGUGGCCUCUCAGUGCUGGGAUGGGUUUUGAAACCAUGACUUGGACUGCACCCUGGCAGCACCUGGGAAGAUCCGAAACAAAUCUGCGUUGGUAUUUUGGGCCUUUCCAAAUUUAGACUGAUGCAUUGCCACAGUUUACCUCUGCUGUUAUCGAGAGUGUUGAAAGUUGCUUUCCUUAUGUCAUGUCAGUGUCUGAAGAUAGCUUUUUUGUUCAAGUUUGGAGGAGUUUCUUCGAUGCGUGUGAUGUGGGUCAUUAUUCUGUAAUUUGGCCAUGUGGCCUGUGACUUCUGAUGUUAUUAUUUUGUACUUUCUAAUUGUAAAUGGGGCUUUGCCUGUGUGGCUCAUGUGGUUCAUCAUGCUGACCUCUACUGUGGGGUUUCAAGUCUCUCCUCACACAUCCUCAGUGGUCCCCCAGGUCUGGGACAACACUUCUAAUCACAGGGAGUUUAGGAAAAUCAAGAGGCUGUUUCUGUCUCCAAGACUCUUUCCCAAGGGAGCAGAAAGACGCACCGCCCCAAAGCAAAGGUCGAGCAGGAGGGUGCUGCCCCACACUGCCCAUGAUGCUUCUCUAGUAUGAACGCACGUUUGCUCUUGCUCAGUUUGCUUCGUCAGAAGGAUCUGGUUCUGCUCUGGCAGUCACUAGUGGUGGCCGCCUAUUGCUCACAAGAGACAAAUGUGGUGUCUUUUGCGAUCGUUUUUGUUAAUACUGUUACUCAGCCGCUCCUGGUGAGAUUCUCAUAAUGUGUAAUCCAGGAAACAUGACAGAAAGACAUUGUGAAGUGUAAGAGUUAAUAAUAUUAUAUUUAAUAUUCUGUACAUAUUG